AUGCCUCGCUUUGCAGAAGGUACAGGGAUUCCGAUAUGCGGCAAUGUUUUUCUACCGCCGAAGGGCGCGUCGUCGGUAGAGACACAAGUUCCAGAUCGAAUUCGCAUUAAGAAUCGGCGAAAACGAUACCUAGAUACGCACCCAGAGUACUUUGGACCUCAGCUUGAGCUGGCAGAUCCACUACUCUACGACCGAUUGAUACGCCGCUUCCAAACACCGGCUGAACGGGAAGCGGAAGGUCGCCAGAAAGGGUACUCCGGCAUACUUGAAGCGGACCUGUAUCGGAGCGAAGCAAAACUUGAGGCGCUGCACCGCCCAGACCCUCAUGCCAUGUUUACUUACAGACGCGGGCCGAAUGGAGAAAUACUGGCUGAAGAUCGAGAUGAAGUGCCUGCGAACAAGGAGGAAGGUCUCGCGCGGUGGAAGUGGGAGAUGGAAGUGCGCUUCUUGAGGGGCGGAGACGACGAUUUCGACUAUGAUUCGGUUGACUACAAUCCGGAGUACGAUGACCGAGUCCUUGAGGAGAGGGAUGCGGAAGAUAGGUACUUUGACGAGCAGGAGCCCGAGUUUGUCAAGGGCGAGGAGGGACUCCGAAGAAGUCCAAGUCGUGAAUUAGAGGGGGAGACCGGGAUUCAAGAUUUCUGA